UUCAUAGCCAGUCCAUGUGCCUUCUUCUUGCAUAUCCACGCUGCCUCAGUCCACUGGCGAGCCACACCCAACACUGUCCUGGAGAAGGUGUUUACAUCCAUCACAAAGGUACACUAGCUCGCUGGCGCGCGCACACACACACAGAGGUCGAUUCAAUGUUGUUUCAACAUAAUUUGACAACGUAUUGUGACUUGGAAUCUACAUGGAAAAUACAUUGGAUUUUUAAAAAAAGUUAUCAACGUAAAACUUUUGUUUUGAGGGUGGGAAAAUUUCAACCUCAGGAUUAUGUCAUUGUGGGAACCAAAUUUCAACAUUGACAGACCUUGUAUAAAAUAUGUUGAUACAUUUGUAACUUUAAAACAACGUCAGAUACACUAUGAAGCACCUCCUACUGGAGAGUUGAUGUAUCUACAGCUCCCCUUUGGUCUGCCAUCCAGGGUUUUAACCAAGCCCUGCUUAGCUUUGAUAUGUGUUUUAUUUUAUUUUACCAGGCAAGUCAGUUAAGAACAAAUUCUUAUUUACAAUGACGGCCUACACCGGCCAAACGUGCGCCGCCCUAUGGGACUCCCAAUCACGGCCGGUUGUGAUACAGCCUGGAAUCGAACCAGGGGGGUCUGUAGUGACGCCUCAAGCGCUGAGAUGCAGUGCCUUAGACCGCUACCGCCACUCGGGAGCCCAGUGUGUCACUGACUACCAAUGUGCUAUCGUGAGAAUGAUUGUUGAGAAAUCUCCACUUUAAUAGAUUCACUGUCGCUAUCGAAGUUACUUCAAAGGGCAGGUUCAACAGAGCAAAUUAAAUGUGACCAUACUUUAUCAAUCAUCAAUGAUGCUAUUUAGGCCUAAAUAGAAUUUGCAUAGUCAUCAACAGCAAUAGUUUUAAUUCAAACCAGAAUUCAACUAACAAUAGACAAUACAAUAGUCCUAGGGUUUCAAGCUCUGGUUGAUUUCAAAUGUAAUGAUAUUUAGUGAUAUUUAAUUGUGUGUGGUUAUCAAUGCAACCCAAUAUCAACAUUUGAAGGAGAUUUAUCUUCUGCUUGGAUAGUUACAUCUGAGCCACUGAGCAAACUUCCAGUUUGUCUACAAAUUAAUAAUUAAUAUGUUGGAUUCACGUCUCCAUCUCAACCAAAAAUCUAAGUCAAAGAAUAGGACUAAAUCAAAUCAAACUUUAUUUAAAGUGCAUUUAAAGUUUGAUUUGAUUUAGUCCUAUUCUAUACACCCGAAUAAGGUUUUAGAGAAGGUGUUUACAGUGUUUACAUCCAUCACAAAGGUAUGCUCGCUGCCACACACAUACACAUCACAAAAGGUAUGCCACACACACACACACACACGCACGCACACACACACACACACACACACACACACACACACACACAUUAGCCUGGAAAUUAUUUAUCCCAAUGGCAGUAGACUAGGUCCCAGAAAGAGAACAUUUCUGUCUGUCAGCUUUCCUCUGUCUCCUUAUGUCUCUCCAGUCUAACACCAUACCAAACAAUACAAUGCCUUAGUUCUUCAUUUGUUCCUUCCUUCUUCCUCCUCCCCUCAUACUUUCAUUUCUCUCUCGGAAUUAUCUAAUCAACAUUGUUGUAAAACUUGGGAAUUUGGGGGGGAAAUGAUUUCGUCUUGAAGGACAAUAAACGUCAGAUCAAUCAAUCUCUCCCCCAGAAAACAUUUGGGCUUACUGUCAGCUUUCUCCUAAUGGCCCACUCCCAGUAUUUUACCCAAUACUCAACCACCUCAUAUUUUUCAUCCGUUCCUACCUCCUACCCCCCCUCAUACUGUAUAUCAUGCCAUCUGAGGGGAUGUCUUGUGAUGUGUCGUACUGUAUCUAUGAGCAGGCCAGGACUCCCUGUAUGUUGCAAAGCAAAUUUCCCUAUUGGAAUUUCCCUCAUUCAUUUAUUAAUUCAUUCAUAGUUUCUUCCUCCUUCCUUAUACUCUUUCAUUUCUGACUUCCAUUUCUCACUCCCUCCCCCUCUCUCUCUCUCUCUCUCUCUAAUAUAUCUCUCUCUAAUACCUCUCUUUCUCUCUCUCUAAUAUAUCUCUCUCUAAUAACUCUCUUUCUCUCUCUAAUAUAUCUCUCUAAUACCUCCCGCUCUUUUUCUCUCUCUCUCUCGCUAAUACGUCCCUCACCCCCUCUCUCUGUCUCUCUCUCUCUGUCUCUCUCUCUCUCUCUCUCUCUCUCUCUCUCUCUCUCUCUCUCUCUCUCUCUCUCUCUCUCUCUCUCUCUCUCUCUCUCUCUCUCUCUCUCUCUCUGUCUCUCUCUCUCUGUCUCUCUCUCUCUCUCUCUAUCUCUCUCUCUCUCUCUGUCUCUAAUACCUCCCCCUCUCUCUGUCCCGUAGGGCCCGGACUCGCGACACCUGGUUGGGUUAUCUAAGCAGUUGGACUGGGAUGUAAGGAAGGUCCAGCGAUGGUUCAGACACAGACGCAACCAGGACAAACCCAGCAUACUCACCAAGUUCUGUGAGAGCAUGUAGGUUAUGUUAUCAAACCCAGUACAGAACAUGUAGGUUAUCAAACCCAGUACAGAACAUGUAGGUUAUGUUAUCAAAACCAGUACAGAACAUGUAGGUUAUUAAACCCAGUACAGAACAUGUCUAAAGUUUGGACACACCUACUCAUUCCAGCGUCUUUCUUUAUUUUUACUAUUUUCUAUAUUGUAGAAUAAUAGUGAAGAUAUCAAAACUAUGAAAUAACACAUAUGGAAUCAUAUAGUAACCAAAAAAGUGUUAAACAAAUCAAAAUAUAUUUUAUAUUUGAGAUUCUACAAAGUUGCCACCCUUUGCCUUGAUGACAGCUUUGCACACUCUUGGCAUUCUCUCAACCAGCUUCACCUGGAAUGCUUUUCCAACAGUCUUGAAGGAGUUCCCACAUAUGCUGAGCACUUGUUGGCUGCUUUUCCUUCACUCUGCGGUCUGACUCAUCCCAAACCAUCUCAAUUGGGUUGAGGUCAGGUGAUUGUGGAGGACAGGUCAUCUGAUGCAGCACUCCAUCACUCUCCUUCUUGGUAAAAUAGCCCUUACACAGCCUGGAGGUGUGUUGGGUCAUUGUCCUGUUGAAAAACAAAUGAUAGUGCCACUAAGCGCAAAUCAGAUGGGAUGGCGUAUCGCUGCAGAAUGCUAUGGUAGCCAUGCUGGUUAAGUGUGCCUUGAAUUCUAAAUAAAUCACAGACGGUGUCAUCAGCAAAGCACCCACACACCAUCACACCUCCUCCUCCAUGCUUCACGGUGGGAACCACACAAGCGGAGAUCAUCCGUUCACCUACUCUGCGUCUCACAAAGACACGGCGGUUGGAACCAAAAAUCUCAAAUUUGGACUCAUCAGACCAAACGACAGAUUUCCACCGGUCUAAUGUCCAUUGCUUGUGUUUCUUGGCCCAAGCAAGUCUCUUUUUCUUAUUGGUGUCGUUUUAGUAGGGGUUUCUUUGCAGCAAUUCGACCAUGAAGUCCUGAUUCACACAGUCUCCUCUGAACAGUUGAUGUUGAGAUGUGUCUGUUACUUGAACUCUGUGAAGCAUUUAUUUGGGCUGCAAUUUCUGAGGCUGGUAACUCUAAUGAACUUCUCCUCUGCAGCAGAGGUAACUCUGGGUCUUCCUUUCCUGUGGCGGUCCUCAUGAGAGCCAGUUUCAUCAUAGCGCUUGAUGGUUUUUGCGACUGCACUUGAAGAAACUUUCAAAGUUCUCGAAAUGUUCCGUAUUGACUGACCUUUAUGUCUUAAAGUAAUGAUGGACUGUCGUUUCUCUUUGCUUAUUUGAGCUGUUCUCGCCAUAAUAUGGACUUGGUCUUUUACCAAAUAGGGCUAUCUUCUGUAUACCCCCCCCCCCCCCCCCCCCCUACCUUGUCACAGCACAACUGAUUGGCUCAAACGCAUUAAGGAAAGAAAUUCCACAAAUUAACUUUUAAGAAAGCACACCUGUUAAUUGAAAUGCAUUCCAGGUGGCUACCUCAUGAAGCUGGUUGAGAGAAUGCCAAGAGUGUGCAAAGCUGUCAUCAAGGCAAAGGGUGGCUACUUUGAAGAAUCUCAAAUCUCAAAUAUAUUUUGAUUUGUUUAACACUUUUUGGUUACUACAUGAUUCCAUAUGUGUUAUUUCAUAGUUUUGACGUCUUCACUAUUAUUCUACAAUGUAGAAAAUAGUAAAAAUAAAGAAAGACGCUGGAAUGAGUAGGUGUGUCCAAACCUUUGACUGGUACUGUAGGUUAUCAAACCCAGUACAGAACAUGUAGGGUCAUAUCAUAGACUAUAACAUCUAGUCUAGAUCUAUGGUCCUUAUCUACUAAUUAGUUUUCCCUUUGAUCUCUGUGGGAUUGUGCACACAUUGGUUUAUGGUGUGUGUGGUGUGAUAUGCUCUGAUUUGUAAAUGAAUUGGACUAGCUUGGUUAUAUCACCGUCUACAUGGUUGAUCAGGGUCAAUGUAAUGCAUACAAGGUGAGAGACUUGACACACAUUAUUUUUCCGGACAAUUUUUCAUUUUCGAUUGUACGGUUUCCUCUGUCCGACCACGUCUCUGUCAUGUGUUUUCAGGUGGAGGCUUACAUUUUACCUGUGCAUAUUUACCUACGGGAUCUGCUUUCUAUGGCAGGUGAGAUAUUCUGGUGAUCGUGCGUGUAUUUACAUGUUUUUUCCUUUUUUUGGCGUAACAUUGGGUGCGCUGAAUUCGGACUGAUUGUGUUGGUCUUUGUUUUUUCAGUGCCCGUGGAUGUGGGAUACACACCACUGCUGGUACAACUACCCUUACCAGGUGACAUUAUACAGGCUGGCUCUUCAUUUGGGUGGAUGUAUUUUGGAAUUACAUAGAGUACUGUUGUUGACAUUUUCUGACGAGGAGCACUGCUAAGUAAACUCGUGAAGGCGCAAGAAAAAUUAUAGUAUGUUACACACAUUCAAUAAUGUCUGUAUCCUUAUUAAAGAUAAACCCCUUUUUUUUUCUUUUUUUUUUUUCUGUCCCCGCUGCUGACCCAUCUGCAGGUCCUGACUCCAGACCUGUACCAUCCGUAUUAACAUAAACCCUGUCUGUCUCGGUCCCUGUUGGUGUCUUAACAGGUCCUGACUCCAGGCCUGUACCACUACUACGUGACUGAGCUGGGCUUCUACUGGUCCCUCAUGUUCUCUCAGUUUACUGACAUCAAACGCAAGGUGAGACGCAAGACAGGCAACAGAUGCUGUCUGUUCGAUGGGAACACGCACACAUAUUGCGACUCCUUGUUACAAAACUAACUACUAGGUAUGCUAAGAUAUGUUUAUUUCUGUUGUGAUGUACAGAGUAAAGUAUAGGAAUGUCCUUGACUCCACUGGAUUAGAGCAGUUUAGCAUGAAUCAUUAUGAAAGGUCACAUGGGUUCUGCUCAGAAAUGCUGUUUGUUUCCAUCAGUAAAUGCCUAAUUCCAGCACAGGGGACAGGAUUUAUAGUCAUGUGUUAGCAGGAUAGAAUAUUCCGGUCCUUAAUAGAAUUAUUGAGAUUCCUUCAUGGAUUCCAUGGAGUCAAGGAGAUCCGUCUGGGGUUGGAUAAGGCUAAAGAAAGCCAUGUUGGAGUUUGUAAGACUGAGAUUAAUAUAUAUUUUUUUUUCAAAGCACUUUGCUCACUUGUGAAUAGUGGUGAAAAUAAACGUAGGCCCUGUUUUUGGUAUGCUCCAGUACAGACGAAUCAGAAAGGAGUUCUAGAACCUAUCAGUCUCUUUCUGUUUCUCUGCUUUAUUGAAUUAUCUCAGGCUUUGAUGUGCUAAGGAAGGAAGCAGUCAUUUUCAAUUUAACCAGGAAGUGCCAGAUAGAUUUCACGCAUAUCAUCCUGCCUUGGGCAAGAAAUUGCAUCCAUUUUAUGGACCAAACAUAAAUUGCCCCUAUGGACCAUACAAUAUGUAGACUGGUAGGUCAUGGAAGUGCGUCAUUAUCAUUAGGGCUACAUAUUUGCCUGGAGCGGAUAUUUUAGUCACAGACGACUUCAACCGUUUGUCUGGUGAUUGUAGCUGUCAGUUGGUCUGGUUAUUGUAGCUGUCAGUUGGUCUGGUUAUUGUAGCUGUCAGUUGGUCUGGUCAUUGUAGCUGUCAGUUGGUCUGGUCAUUGUAGCUGUCAGUUGGUCUGGUUAUUGUAGCUGUCAGUUUGUCUGGUGAUUUUAGCUGUCAGUUGGUCUGGUGAUUUUAGCUGUCAGUUGGUCUGGUUAUUGUAGCUGUCACUGGACAUGUCCUCAGUGUGACAGAUUUUUUGUGUGGUUCUUCAAAGUAUUAAUCUUUGACCUUGGCUUACAGUGCUCCCCCUGUUGGAGUCCAUGUGUCUUACUGCUACUGUAGAAGAGUAGAUCAUGAGUUUUACUGCUAGAAAGCUGGAAAUAGAGGUUCAUAGGAGAUAAAUGAGGAAGUCAUAAAGGUUAUUGAGCAGAGUUAUUUUAUGAAGCUGCUGUGAAUGAAAUCUGCCCUUUUAACGCAACAAAUAUAUGCAUAUACGCUACCGUUCAAAAGUUUGGGGUCACUUAGAAAUGUCCUUGUUUUCCAUGAAAACAUACAUGAAAUGAGUUUGAAUAGGAAAUAUAGCAAAUUGAAUAGGAAAUGUAGUCAUUGACAAGGUUAGAAAUAAUGAUUUUUAAUUUAAAUAAUAAUUCUGUCCUUCAAACUUUGCUUUCGUCAAAGAAUCCUCCAUUUGCAGCAAUUACAGCUUUGCAGACCUUUGGCAUUCUAGUUGUCAAUUUGUUGAGGUAAUCUGAAGAGAUUUCACCCCAUGCUUCCUGAAGCACCUCCCACAAGUUGGAUUGGCUUGAUGGGCACUUCUUACGUACGUUCAAGCUGCUCCCACAACAGCUCAAUAGGGUUGAGAUCCGGUGACUGUGCUGGCCACUCAUUUACAUUACAUUUUAGUCAUUUAGCAGACGCUCUUAUCCAGAGCGACUUACAGGAGCAAUUAGGGUUAAGUGCCUUGCUCAAGGGCACAUUUACGUCAUUUAGCAGACGCUCUAGUCCAGAGCGACUCACAAAUUGAUGCAUUCACCCUAUAGCCAGUGGGAUAACCACUUUACAAAUUUUUUUUGGGGGGGGGGGGGUAGAAGGAUUACUUUAUCCUAUCCCAGGUAUUCCUUAAAGAGGUGGGGUUUCAAAUGUCUCCGGAAGGUGGUGAGCGACUCCGCUGUGUGUGGGGGGGGGGGGUAGAAGGAUUACUUUAUCCUAUCCCAGGUAUUCCUUAAAGAGGUGGGGUUUCAAAUGUCUCCGGAAGGUGGUGAGUGACUCCGCUGUGGGGUGGGGGGGUAGAAGGAUUACUUUAUCCUAUCCCAGGUAUUCCUUAAAGAGGUGGGGUUUCAAAUUGGGUUUCAAAUGGGUUUCACUCCAUUAUAGACAGAAUACCAGCUGACUGCUUCUUCCCCAAAUAGUUAUUGCAUAGUUUGGAGCUGUGCUUUGGGUCAUUGUCCUGUUGUAGGAGGAAAUUGGCUCCAAUCAAGCCCCGUCCACAGGGUAUGGCAUGGCGUUGCAAAAUUGAGCGAUAGCCUUCCUUCUUCAAGAUCCCUUUUACCCUGUACAAAUCCCCCAGACCAUCACAUUGCCUCCACCAUGCUUGACAGAUGGCAUCAAGCACUCCUCCAGCAUCUUUUCAUUUGGUCUGCGUCUCACAAAUGUUCUUCUUUGUGAUCCGAACACCUCAAACUUCGAUUUGUCUGUCCAUAACACUUUUUUCCAAUCUUCCUCUGUCCAGUGUCUGUGUUCUUUUGCCCAUUUUAAUCUUUAAUUUUUAUUGGCCAGUCUGAGAUAUGGCUUGUCUUUGCAACUCUGCCUAGAAGGUCAGCAUCCCGGAGUCGCCUCUUCACUGUUGACGUUGAGACUGGUGUUUUGCGGGUACUAUUUAAUGAAGCUGCCAGUUGAGGACUUGUGAGGCGUCUGUUUCUCAAACUAGACGCUCUAAUGUAUUUGUCCUCUUGCUCAGUUGUGCACCGGGGCCUCCCACUCCUCUUUCUAUUCUGGUUAGAGACAGUUUGCGCUGUUCUGUGAAGGGAGUAGUUCACAGCGUUGUACGAGAUCUUAAGUUUCUUGGCAAUUUCUCGCAUAGAAUAGCCUUCAUUUCUCAGAACAAGAAUAGACUGACGAGUUUCAGAAGAAAGUGAUUUGUUUCUGGCCAUUUUGAGCCUGUAAUCGAACCCACAAUUGCUGAUGCUCCAGAUACUCAACUAGUCUCAAGAAGGCCAGUUUUAUUGCUUCUUUAAUCAGCACAACAGUUUUUCGCUGUGCUAACAUAAUUGCAAAAAGGGUUUUCUAAUGAUCAAUUAGCCUUUUAAAAUGAUAAACUUGGAUUAGCAAACACAACGUGCCAUUGGAACACAGGACUGAUGGUUGCUGAUAAUGGGCCUCUGUACGCCUAUGUAGAUAUUCCAUUAAAAACCAGCCGUUUCCAGUUAACAAUGUCUACACUGUAUUUCUGAUCAUUUUAAUGGACAAAAAAAUUGCUUUUCUUUCGAAAACAGGGACAUUUCUAAGUGACCCAAAAUAAGAAUUUCCCUGUAACUGUUCUGUAGUGACCCAGCUGUUGUGAUAUGAAAACAAACCAGACCACCUCCUGGUUCAUUGUUGAAUUGCAGGACUUCCCUAUCAUGUUCAUCCAUCACCUAGCAACAGUGAGCCUGAUCAGUUUCUCCUACGCUAACAACAUGCUGCGUGUCGGGAGCCUGGUGAUGUGUGUCCACGAUGCUUCAGACUUCCUACUGGAGGUGAGUGCGGAUGGACGGGGACCCACACACACACACACACACGCACACACACACACACACGCACACACACACGCACACAUACACACACAGGCUCUGUUCCAGAGUCCACACUUACAAACUGGCAUAUUACUCAGAAUGAGUUAUGAAUGCAUUCUCAGUGAUAUGCUAGUGUAGAAUUGGAAUGUACACUACCAGUCAAAAGUUUGGACACACCUACUCAUUCAAGGGUUUUUCUUUAUUUUUAAAAAUUUUUACAUUGUAGGAUAAUAGUGAAGACAUCAAAACUAUGAAAUAACACAUAUGGAAUCAUGUAGUAACCAAAAAAGUGUUAAAUAAAUCAAAAUAUAUUUGAGAUUUGAGAUUCUUCAAAUAGCCACCCUUUGCCUUGAUGACAGCUUUGCACACUCUUGGCAUUCUCUCAACCAGCUUCAUGAGGUAGUCACCUGGAAUGCAUUUCAAUUAACAGGUGUGCCUUCUUAAAAGUUAAUUUGUGGAAUUUCUUUCCUCCUUAAUGUGUUUGAGCCAAUCAGUUGUGUUGUGACAAGGUAGGGGUGGUAUACAGAAGAUAGCCCUAUUUGGUAAAAGACCAAGUCCAUAUUAUGGCAAGAACAGCUCAAAUAAGCAAAGAGAAACGACAGUCCAUCAUUACUUUAAGACAUGAAGGUCAGUCAAUAUGGAACAUUUGUGCAGUCGCAAAAACCUUCAAGCGCUAUGUGGUCCUCUGUAGCUCAAUUGGUAGAGCAUGGCGCUUGUAACGCCAGGGUAGUGGGUUCGAUCCCCGGGACAACCCAUAUGUAAAAAUGUAUGCACACAUGACUGUAAGUCGCUUUGGAUAAAAGCGUCUGCUAAAUGGCUUAUUAUUAUAUUAUAUAUAUUAUAUAUUAUAUGAUGAAACUGGCUCUCAUGAGGACCGCCACAGGAAUGGAAGACCCAGAGUUACCUCUGCUGCAGAGGAUAAGUUCAUUAGAGUUACCAGCCUCAGAAAUUGCAGCCCAAAUAAAUGCUUCACAGAGUCCAAGUAACACACAUCUCAACAUCAACUGUUCAGAGGGGACUGUGUGAAUCAGGCCUUCAUGGUUCAAUUGCUGAAAAGAAACCACUAUUAAAGGACACCAAUAAGAAGAAGAGACCUGCUUGGGCCAAGAAACACGAGCAAUGGACAUUAGACCAGUGGAAAUUUGGUCUGGAGUCCAAAUUUGAGAUUUUUGGUUCAAACCGCUGUGUCUUUGUGAGACGGUGUGGGUGAACGGAUGAUCUCCGCAUGUGUUGUUCCCACCGUAAAGCAUGGAGGAGGAGGUGUUAUGGUGUGGGGGUGCAUUGCUGGUGACACUGUCUGUGAUUUAUUUAGAAUUCAAGGCACAUUUAACCAGCAUGGCUACCACAGCAUUCUGCAGCGAUACGCCAUCCCAUCUGGUUUGGGCUUAGUGGGACUAUCAUUUGUUUUUCAACAGAACAAUGACCCAACACACCCCCAGGCUGUGUAAGGGCUAUUUUACCAAGAAGGAGAGUGAUGGAGUGCUGCAUCAGAUGACCUGGCCUCCACAAUCCCCUGACCUCAACCCAAUUGAGAUGGUUUGGGAUGAGUCGGACGGCAGAGUGAAGGAAAAGCAGCCAACAAGUGCUCAGCAUAUGUGGGAACACCUUCAAGACUGUUGGAAAAGCAUUCCAGGUGAAGCUGGUUGAGAGAAUGCCAAGAGUGUGCAAAGCUGUCGUCAAGGCAAAGGGUGGCUAUUUGAAGAAUCUCAAAUAUAAAAUAUAUUUUGAUUUGUUUAACACUUGUUUGGUUACUACAUGAUUCCAUAUGUGUUAUUUCAUAGUUUUGAUGUCUUCACUAUUAUUCUACAAUGUAGAAAAUAGUAAAAAAAUAAAGAAAAACCGUUGAAUGAGUAGGUGUGUCCAAACUUUUGAGUGGUAGUGUACAUCAAAGUACAGUACAUGUCUUUUUUUCUCAUGUAGAAGGAACUUCUGGAACAUUCAGUAGUACAAUAAGACUCAGAAACUAGUAGGUACAUUAUAUCAACGUUUUCCUACACUUCUUUUUCAGGCAGCCAAGCUGGCCAACUACACCAAGUACCAGCGCCUGUGUGACUUCCUGUUUGUUCUGUUUGCAGUAGUCUUCUUCAUCACACGGCUCGUCAUCUACCCUCUAUGGUUAGUGACUCUAUGGUUGUCAUCUACCCUCUAUGGUUAGUGACACUAUGGUUGUUAUCUACCCUCUAUGGUGCGUGCAGCACUGGUGUGUAUUCACUUGGAACUAAACUAAGUAAAUGGACCGAAACAGGGAGGCACCUACCUGAAUUUGUCCAAUAAGUAACUUUUGGUUUUGUUGGGAAACUUUUUCAGUUGAAAAACGUUUUUCUACAAUUUGCACUAACGAAACAUCCCAGUUAUCUGUCUACCCUCUACCUUUAUGGUUAGUGUCUGUCUGUCUGUCUGUCUGCCAGGUCUCCCUUAGGAAACAGGUAUUGUUCUGACCUCAAUGGGACUUCCUGGAUAAGUAAAGGUUAAAUAACAUUCAGCAGAGACAUCUACAGUAACCUCUAUGGUUAGUUAUUGACACUACUCUAAGGCUUGGUCCCAAAUGGCCCCUAUUCCCGAGCCCAGAGGGCCCUGGUCCAAAAUAGCGCACUACAUAGAGAAUGGUGUACCAUUUGGGACGUAGUACAUCUGUGAUAUUAAUGUGGACGGAAGCAGCUCUCCAGGAAGACCAUCGAUAGAGGGCCAUGCCUAUGAUGGGCAGUGGAGGUAACCUGAGCUGCUAUAGUCAGCGUCUUGGUGUGCGUACCAAAUGGCACUCUUAUUUCCUACAUAGGGCUCUGGUCAAAAGUAGUGCACUAUGGGCCCUAGUCAAAAGUAGUGCACUAUAGCCUAUAUAGGCAUGGGGUCCCAAAUUGCAUUUAGGCUUGGGCCAAUUUUUCCUUGAGCGGGUGGUCGGGGAGCCGUAACAUAGUUAUAAAUCAUUUGUACGCUGGAAAUUGACCGCAAGAAUCCCAAACAAAUACAGUAUUAGACAAAUCAUUUCAAACCUUGAUUACGUUGAGAUACGAUCACAUAUGCCUCUCUAUUAUGCGGGGGAAUACUUGGGAACAGAUUUUCUAAAUUAAAAUCACUUUGAGCUGAUUUCCUGUCCAACUCAAGGUACCCCCCCCCAAAAAAAAAUGCACUCUCCUCCCCAACGUAAAUAAAUAUUUUCACAUGACCCUCCCCUUGUACUCUAAAAUAAAUUGCACACCCUCCCCCCUCAUGGAAUUAACUCAAAAUAACGUUUACGUCCACAAAUAACAAUAGCUGUGUUUAUAAAUGUGGAUAUCGACUUUGCCACUUCAGCAUGCUUUUGUGGCACGGUCGAUGCCACGCAGGGCUACGGGGCAGGGUUGAGGGUUCGCUGACCACCACGGACUAGCUCACGCUCCCUGCCUACGAUCAGAGCCGGCUGCAGACAAUGAUCAGCUAAGGGGGAAAUAAGAUGUUCAACGUUUUGAUGUAUAUAUUAUAUAAUUAUAUAAAGUAUAUGCAACACAUUUUCCACCAACAGGUCUCUGUGCCACACAAUCAAUAAAACAAAGCAUACGGACUUCGCCACUUCAAUAUCAUUGUUUGCGUUUUUGAAAGCACCAAUGAAUAGACUGUCAAACAAACUGAAAAUACAUCCCCCCGCUACCUUGUAGUCCUACCCAGUAUCGAAGGCUUGGCUUGACAAUCUCCGAAUGUCAUUAAACUUCGUUUGGAUUGAUUGAUUUGAUUUGUCAGUUAAAACAUAUACACACAGUUUAUUAGGUACACCACCCCGUCAUGAGAAUGGUUCACUCCGACAGACAUUGACGUAACCGUGGCUUGCUGUAUAAAGCAGGCAGACAGGCAUAGAGGCAUUCAGUUACUGUUGGAUUGAACGUUAGAAUUGGCACAGAUCCAGUACCUCCUGGGCUUUUCACGCACGACAGUGUCUAGGGUUGACCCAGAAUGGUGCAACAAACAAAAGACAUCCAGUCAGCGGCAGUCCUGUGGGCGAAAACAGCUUGUUGACGAGAGAGGUCGAAGCAGAAUGGCAAGAAUCACGCAACCUAACAGGCGGCCCACAAACAGACAAAUAACGGCGCAGUACAACAGUGGUGUGCAGAACGGCAUCUAGGAACACACAACUCGUCGGUCCUUGUCACGGACGGGCUGUCGCAGCAGACGACCACACCGGGUUCCACUCCUAUCAACUCAAAACAAGAAGAAGCGGCUCCAGUGGGCACGCCAUCACCAACACCGGACAACUGAGGAGUGGAAAAACAUCACCUGGUCUGAUGAAUCCCGGUUCCUGUUGUGUCAUGCUGAUGGCAGAGUCAGGAUUUGAUGUAAGCAGCAUGAGUCCACGGCCCCAUCCUGCCUGGUGUCAACAGUACAGGCUGGUGGCUGGUGGUGUAAUGGUGUGGGGAAUGUUUUCCAGGCACACGUUAGGUCCCUCUUGAUACCAAUUGAGCAACGUUUGAAUGCCACACCUUGUCAAAUCUAAGCCCCUAAGAAUUCAGGCUGUUCUGGAGGAAAAGGGGGGUCCGACCCGGUACUAGAUGGGUGUACCUAAUAUACUGUUCACUGAGUGUAUACACACAGUACAAACAUUUAAAAAAGUGACCGGGAUUGCACAAUAGUCGGGGACUUAUUUUCAUUAUGGUCCCAAUUUUUUACAGAAGUACAGAGACACAUUACAGAGAUGCAGACACAUUACAGAGAUACAGACACAUUACAGAGAUACAGACACAUUACAGAGAUACAGACACAUUACAGAGAUACAGACACAUUACAGAGAUGCAGACAAAAAGAGGUUCUACUGUUCAAACAUUAGCCAGCUAUUGACAUUAUUUUUUUAAAGUGGUUAUGGUUGUUAAUGGCUUUGGAGUUGCUGUGGUAGUUUGUUCCACUCAACAGAGCCGGUAUAUAAAACUGUGUUCUUUCCAGAUAGACUCUUAUAUUUAAAAACAGUGAAUAUUAGAGUCUCUGGCUGGUGGACAUCUCUAAAAAAUGAAAUGUGUCUGUGAUAAUUCUGUGGACCCAGACCAAGUUGAAUUAAUACUACUCUUUUCCCCACAGAUAGCCAGCCUAGCCGCUUAAAAUGCUCGACUUCCAGAUGAGUAUGAGGGGGGGGAGUUGAAGUACAAUUCUUACAAGCUUGUUUUGGCUGGUCUGUAACUUAUUCUUUAGACGUUUGGGGCUGCUGGUGAACCAUGAUGUGAAGGCAUAAUGAAAGUGACACUGGACUAGCGCACUUGCCAGAGUCUUUAGGGUGUCUAUAGCCAUAGUUUCCAUCCAAUUGGCGACAGAUUUUCACGUGAAUAUUCUAAACUCCGCAAUAGGCGCAUUUUCCCAUCAGAAUUGUGUUUCCAUCAAAUUGGCUUGUUGCGGAUAAUAGUAACUUGAGGUUAAAUUAAAUUUGAAUAAAAUGUCAAUGGAUCUCCAUCGCAUUUUGAACUCUAUUGAUGGUUUUGUCACUAAAAAUGUUGCGCAGGUUUAGCAAAUGUGCCCACUCUGGUCUUGGCACGUGCAUUCUAGCCAACAUCUUGCAGAUUCAGUGUGGGUAUAGCCUACAUGAUGAGAUUAUUAUGGACAAAAGUGCAGAUUAUUUUUAUUUGUCAAACGGCAUCCAAGCAUCGGUCAUCAUGUCACCAGAAUAAGACCCUGGAUAUUUAUUGGAAAGGAGCAUCAAGCUCAUCACCGUGCACUUUCACCACCCUGUGAAGUUCACCAUAACUUAUUUCAUCUGUAGCCUAAUAAACUGCAUGGUUUCCUGAGUCGUAGUGGGAGGACCACACAACAUGUCAUCGCGUGACUCCAAGUGUACUUCGAUAUAAUGGUUGUUAUAUCAAUAUUUGCUCAUAAAAGCGUUUCACCGGCAUUUCUCGCAUAUUUCAUUUUACCGACACAAAAAAAUCCCACCUUGUCCUAGCGUAUUUUGUUUUGUCGACAUUUGGAAAGUUUAGCGACACAUUUGCUGUUGCCAUCAGGCCUGUCGUGACCAAUGAUGUAUAUAUUCACUAGAUGAUAGAUAGGGGGUGCUGUUUUAAUGCUACUCCAUCUUGGCACUCCCCCACCAUUGUAAAACGAAUAUUUUGGAAGCUAUAGAAAUGCAUUUAUUAAUGUCUACAUUCAUUUUUGCCACAUUUGAUUCUAUUACAGACACCUUAAUGGAUAAUUUAAAGUUAUAUUAUGUGAGCUAAACCUAUAUAUAUAUAUAUAUAUAUGUACAUUACCAGUCAAAGGCUUGGACACACCUACUCAUUCAAGGGUCUUUCUUUAUUUUAUUUUUUUUCUACAUUGUAGAAUAAUAGUGAAGACAUAAAAACUAUGAAAUAACACAUACGGAAUCAUGUAGUAACCAAAAAAAAGUGUUAAACAAAUCAAAAUAUAUUUUAUGCUUUUCCUUCACCAUCUCAAUUGGGUUGAAGUCAGGGGAUUGUGGAGGCCAGGUCAUCUGAUGCAGCACUCCAUCACUCUCCCACAGCCUGGGGGUGUGUUGGGUCAUUGUCCUGUUGAAAAACAAAUGAUAGUCCCACUAACCACAAACCAGAUGGGAUGGCGUAUCGCUGCACAAUGCUGUGGUAGCCAUGCUGGUUAAGUGUGCCUUGAAUUCUAAAUAAAUCACAGACAGUGUCACCAGCAAAGCACCCCCACAGCAUAACACCUCCUCCGCCAUGCUUUACGGUGGGAAAUACACAUGCGGAGAUCAUCCGUUCACCCACACCGCGUCUCACAAAGACACAGCGGUUUCAACCAAAAAUUACCAAUUUGGACUCCAGACCAAAGGACACAUUUCCACUGGUCUAAUGUCCAUUGCUCGUGUUUCGUGGCCCAAGCAGGUCUCUUCUUCUUAUUGGUGUCAUUUAGUAGUGGUUUCUUUGCAGCAAUUCGACCAUGAAGGCCUGAUUCACACAGUCUCCUCUGAACAGUUGAUGUUGAGAUGUGUCUGUUACUUGGAACUCUGUGAAGCAUUUAUUUGGGCUGCAAUUUCUAAGGCUGGUAACUCUAAUGAACUUAUCCUCUGCAGCAAAGGUAACUGUGGGUCUUCCUUUCCUGUGGUGGUCCUCAUGAGAUCCAGUUUCAUCAUAGCGCUUGAUGGUCUUUGCUACUGCACUUGAAGAAACUUUAAAAGUUCUUGAAUAUUUCCGGAUUGACUGACCUUAAAGUAAUGAUGGACUGUCGUUUCUCUUUGCUUAUUUGAGCUGUUCUUGCCAUAAUAUGGACUUGGUCUUUUACCAAAUAGGGCUAUCUUCUGUAUACCACCCCUACCUUGUCACAACACAACUGAUUGGCUCAAACGCAUUAAGGAAAUAAAUUCCACAAAUUUACUUUUAAGAAGGCACACCUGUUAAUUGAAAUGCAUUCCAGGUGACUACCUCAUGAAGCUGGUUGAGAGAAUGCCAAGAGUGUGCAAAGCUGUCAUCAAGGCAAAGGGUGGCAACUUUUGAAGAAUCUCAAAUAUAAAAUAUAUUUUGAUUUGUUUAACACUGUUUUGGUUACUACAUGAUUCCAUUAAGAAGGAAAGAAAUUCCGCAAAUUAACUUUUAACAAGGCACACCUGUUAUUUUAUUUUUUAGGGGGUAGAUCAGCUUUAAUAUUGCAGAUAGAUUGUAACUUCCAUCAACGUUAUUGUCUGCAUCACUUCCAAUCCCCCAGAUGUAUUUUUUUCCGCAAAUACAGUGGGGAGAACAAGUAUUUGAUACACUGCUGAUUUUGCAGGUUUUCCUACUUACAAAGCAUGUAGAGGUCUGUAAUUUUUAUCAUAGGUACACUUCAACUGUGAGAGACGGAAUCUAAAACAAAAAUCCAGAAAAUCACAUUGUAUGAUUUUUAAGUAAUUCAUUUGCAUUUUAUUGCAUGACAUAAGUAUUUGAUCACCUACCAACCAGUAAGAAUUCCGGCUCUCACAGACCUGUUAGUUUUUCUUUAAGAAGCCCUCCUGUUCUCCACUCAUUACCUGUAUUAACUGCACCUGUUUGAACUUGUUACCUGUAUAAAAUACACCUGUCCACACACUCAAUCAAACAGACUCCAACCACACACUCAACCAAGCAGCUUGGUGAGAAGGCAACAACUGUUGGCGCAAUUAUUAGAAAAUGGAAGAAGUUCAAGAUGACGGUCAAUGAGUAGGUGUGUCCAAACUUUUGACUGAUGCUGUAUAUAAACUGAAAGUAAAAAAAAAUAAAAAAAUGGAUUAAUGUUACUGUCCCCACUACAACAACAAAAAUUCUUAAAUACAUGUAAUUUUGUUCUUGAAACAUUUAAUUGAAAUACUGUAGAAUUCCACUCAUUCCUAUGGUGGACUGCUCCUACUGGGGAGUACCAAUAUGGCCGACCUGUGGCUUGAAAGCCUCUCAAUGGCCAAUACAUAGCAUCAGCAAUCUGGGGGUUUAUAUACAUCAUUGGUCGUGACAUUUUUUUAUCCGACAUGUACUUUUACUCUCAUAGAAAGGUUGGAUGGAAACCUGGUUAAUGUCAAGCCAUUUAGAGGACGCUGGAAUUACAUUUUGGACGAACGUGUGCAUGCAUACAGGAGACUUGGAGUAGCCUAAUCAGAUUAAAACAUUGUCUGCUUGUGUUUACGCCACAUGUAAUACAUUUUAAAAGUGAAGUGACAAAUAUUUAAGCUAUAUUGAAGCAUUAGGUUGCACGAGGAAUAGCCGCUCGGAUUGGAGAGGAGGCUAAUCUUUCCUGAAUAACUGGGCCUGCCGGGAGCCACAUUAUUAUAGGAGGACUUGGGAGAAUGAUGAUCCACAACAGACCGCGCAUCUCAGUAUCAGAAGUAAAAAUACAGCCUGCUACUGUGUCUUUCUAGACCUUAUAAACUGUAGAGAGUAGACCCACAACUGAUCCUUAUAAACUGUAGAGAGUAGACCCACAACUGAUCCUUAUAAACUGUAGAGAGUAGACCCACAACUGAUCCUCAUAAACUGUAGAGAGUAGACCCACAACUGAUCCUUAUAAACUGUAGAGAGUAGACCCACAACUGAUCCUUAUAAACUGUAGAGAGUAGACCCACAACUGAUCCUUAUAAACUGUAGAGUAGACCCACAACUGAUCCUUAUAAACUGUAGAGAGUAGACCCACAAUGGAUCCUUAUAAACUGUAGAGAGUUGACCCACAACUGAUCCUUAUAAACUGUAGAGAGUAGACCCACAACUGAUCCUUAUAAACUGUAGAGAGUAGACCCACAACUGAUCCUUAUAAACUGUAGAGAGUAGACCCACAACUGAUCCUCAUAAACUGUAGAGAGUAGACCCACAACUGAUCUUUAUAAACUGUAGAGAGUAGACCCACAACUGAUCCUUAUAAACUGUAGUCUCGACCCACAACGGAUCCUUAUAAACUGUAGAGAGUAGACCCACAACUGAUCCUCAUAAACUGUAGAGAGUAGACCCACAACUGAUCCUUAUAAACUGUAGAGAGUAGACCCACAACUGAUCCUUAUAAACUGUAGAGAGUAGACCCACAACUGAUCCUUAUAAACUGUAGAGAGUAGACCCACAACUGAUCCUUAUAAACUGUAGAGAGUAGACCCACAACUGAUACAAAUCACAGGACUUUGGCACCGUUAUUCAAAUGACAUUUUCAUUGCAGCCUACAAUAGAAUUGUGUACUCACCAAUGAAAAUUAUUCAUUGCAUUGUGGUGUUGUAAGCUAGUCUAGGUAGGAUAAUUGUAUUGUCCCUAAACAGGCUGCGUGUCUCAUGUCUUCACUGUUCUUUCAUGCACAAUGAUGCACCUGCCCUCUCUGCUGCCUAUCAGCUGUUCCUAUGUCCUAUUUGUUCUUGUGGAUUCACAUUGAAGAUUGAUGCAGCUUUGAAUGUUUUGAUGUGCCCAAUAAAAAAACACUACCCUCCCCCUGUGUGCCAAAAAAAACAAACACACAACCCUCCCCAAAGAAAAAAGAACACUCUCUUAUUCCCCCCCCCCCCCCCCCCCCCCCGAAUAAAUGUCUAACUGUCCCUAAGGGCUGUAAUGGAUACCUAGCUAGGGGGUAAGGACUAGGGAGGUGCCUGUUGCCUGACAACAGCCUCUCUGUCUUGUCUGAGUCUGUCUGUCUUACUACUGCACUGCUGGUAUGUCUGUCUACUGCACUGCAGGCCUCACAGGUCUAGUUUAUUAGAGAAAUGACAAACAAAUAUGGAUUUAGUCAUGUAGUCUUCUUGGAUUAAUGGCAACUACUAAAUGUUUUUAGUGAGCUGGUUGGUAUGAGAGUACACUCAGCAGGAGAAGGCAGUUCUCAGAAAAGUCCAACUUGUUUUCCCCAUAUGGAUAAAUUACUGUGUGGUUGCACAUGCAUUUGCGCUUUCCCUGCGUGUCUGUGUCUGUGUGUAUCAGGUGUAUUGUGUGUGCGUGUGCGUGUGUGUGUGUGUACUGACAUACUUUCCAUGCACAUCUUAAUUCAUGGUGUGAUCCUUCCUGUGCUGUUCCAGGAUCCUGAACACAACAUUGUUUGAGAGCUGGGAGAUCAUUGGUCCAUACCCCUCCUGGUGGCUCUUCAACUCCCUGCUGCUGGUGCUGCAGGUGCUGCACGUCAUCUGGUCCUACCUCAUAGCCGGGAUCGCCUAUAAGGCCUUGGUCCGAGGAAAGGUGGGUGGGAUGUGAAUGUCAUCUGGUCCUACCUCAUAGCCGGGAUCGCCUAUAAGGCCUUGGUCCGAGGAAAGGUGGGUGGGAUGUGAAUGUCAUCUGGUCCUACCUCAUAGCCGGGAUCGCCUAUAAGGCCUUGGUCCGAGGAAAGGUGGGUGGGAUGUGAAUGUCAUCUGGUCCUACCUCAUAGCCGGGAUCGCCUAUAAGGCCUUGGUCUGAGGAAAGGUGGGUGGGAUGUGAAUGUCAUCUGGUCCUACCUCAUAGCCGGGAUCGCCUAUAAGGCCUUGGUCCGAGGAAAGGUGGGUGGGAUGUGAAUGUCAUCUGGUCCUACCUCAUAGCCGGGAUCGCCUAUAAGGCCUUAGUCCGAGGAAAGGUGGGUGGGAUGUGAAUGUCAUCUGGUCCUACCUCAUAGCCGGGAUCGCCUAUAAGGCCUUGGUCCGAGGAAAGGUGGGUGGGAUGUGAAUGUAGAGGCCUCGACUUUUUUCACAUUUUGUUACGUUACAGCCUUAUUCUAAAAUAGAUUAAAUUGGGGGGUUUUCCCCUCAUCAAUCUACACACAAUACCCCAUAAUGACAAAGCAAAAAAAUUAAAUAUCACAUUUACAUAAGUAUUCAGAACCUUUACUCAGUACUUUGUUGAAGCAGCUUUGGCAGCGAUUGCAACCUUGAGUCUUCUUGGGUAUGACGCUACAAGCUUGGCACACCUGUAUUUGGGGAGUUUCUCCCAUUCUUCUCUGCAGAUCCUCUCAAGCUCUGUCAGGUUGGAUGGGGAGCGUCACUGCACAGCUAUUUUAAGGUCUCUCCAGAGAUGUUCGAUCGGGUUCAAGUCCAGGCUCUGGCUGGGCCACUGAAGGACAUUCAGAGAAUUGUCCCGAAACCACUCCUGCGUUGUCUUGGCUGUGUGCUUAGGGUUGUUGUCCUGUUGGAAGGUGAACCUUCUCCCCAGUCUAAGGUCCUGAGCGCUCUGGAGCUGGUUUUCAUCAAGGAUCUCUCUGUAUUUUGCUCUGUUCAUCUUUCCCUCGAUCCUGACUAGUCUCCCAGUCCCUGCUGCUGAAAAACAUCCCCACAGCAUGAUGCUGCCACCACCAUGCUUCACCGUAGGGAUGGUGCCAGGUUUCCUCUAGACAUGACGCUUGGUAUUCAGGCCAAAGAGUUCAAUCUUGGUUUCAUCAGACCAGAGAAUCUUGUUUCUCAUGGUCUGAGAGUCCUUUAGGUGACUUUUGUCAAACUCCAAGUGGGCUGUCGUGUGUUUUACUGAAGAGUGGCUUCCGUCUGGCCAUUCUACCAUAAAGGCCUUAUUGGUGGAGUGCUGCAGAAAUGGUUGUCCUUCUGGAAGGUUCUCCCAUCUCCACAGAGGAACUCUGGAACUCUGUCAGAGUGACCAUUGGGUUCUUGGUCACCUCCCUGACCAAGGCCCUUCUCCCCCGAUUGCUCAGUUUGGCCGGCCGGCCAGCUCUAGAAAGAGUAUUGGUGGUUCCAAACUUCUUCCAUUUAAGAAUGAUGGAGGCCACUGUGUUCUUGGGGACCUUUCCCUAGAUUGCUUUGUCAUUACGGGGUAUUGUGUGUAGAUUGAUGAGGAAAAACAUUUAUUUAAUCCAUUUUAGAAUAAGGCUGUAACGUAACAAAAUGUGGAAAAAUGGAAGGGGUCUGAAUACUUUCCGAAUGUACUGUAUAGGCCUAUUACAAGUGAGAUGUAGACAGGUGAGUGUGAGGUGUAACUACCCAAGGUAACUACUAGGUACCUCAUAGCCGGGAUAACCUACAAGCCCAUGGUCAGAGGAAAGGUGAGUCUGAUUUAGUACUGCUGUGCUCAGACUCAGGGCCCUAGUUAACAUGGUCAGAGGAAAGAUGGGUGUGAUUGAGGACUGCUGUGCUCAGACUCAGGGCCCUAGUUAACAUGGUCAGAGGAAAGAUGGGUGUGAUUGAGGACAGGGCCUAUAUGCUAGGACAGCGUCUCAGAGUAGAAGUGCUGAUCUAGGAUCAGGUCCUUCCUGCCUUGAUCAUCUUAUUAAUUAUGAUCUAAAAGACACAACUGAUGAUAUUACUCUGACUGUUGUGAAUACAGGCCCAGGCUUUUACUUAUUACUCUGAGACUGUUGUGAAUACAGGCCCAGGCUUUUGAGAAAUCCAUUAUGUCAGACCUCAGUCUGUAGUUAUUAAAUCCUAACGCUACGAUUGUGGAAGCUAUAGAAUAACUAUGGAAUAAGGUAACAUUUCAUCAGUGUUUGUUCAUUGCUUUCUUCCUUUUCUUGUAUUGAUUCUCUCUCCUUCCCUCUGCAGAGGGGGUUUGUUUCCUCUCUCUUGGGUGGAGGGUCCCGUCUUUCCAUCUGUCUCCUCAGUCCUCAUUCUCCCUUUCGCUUGUCCUUGCUUUACUGUCUAACUAAGAUUAAGAUCCCUCUAUUGGUCAAUUGCACACAAGGUCCAACCAAAAUUUGACUUCCGCUUUUAACCCAACCCCUCUGAAAGACACACAUACAUAUACAGGUUUUUUGGAGAGGUGCGGGGGGGCUGCCACACUGGGCACGGGGGAGCUGUUGUUGUGGGGGGGGGUUAAGUGCCUUGCUCAAGUGCACAACCGCAGGCAAUGGCAUCCGGUUGCCAGCUCACUUCCCGCCAGAUUGACAACUCCCUUCUCUGCUCUGCUUUCUGCAGUAUGUCUCUCUUCUCAUUCCUUUCACUUUUAUGCCAAUGUCAUUUAUUCUUGUUAAUGUGGUUGUGGUUCAUGAAUAUGAUCUAGAUGGCUGUCAGUGUUUCCAUGCUCCUUUAAACUCCAUCUUGUGGCGCUUGCGAGCAUGUGCAGUUUGAGUCCGAAUUCAUUAAGGAAGUCUGAUAAAAAAAUUUAACCAGAAAUGGGUAAUGGGUUACGUAUGAAGAUAUUCUAAUGUUAUUCAUGUUUUUGUAAACAACCUAUGAAAAUUAAGUGCCUUAAUCUUUCAGACCAUGUAACAUGUUUCCAGGCUGUCUAGCUAAAUGUCUAUGGAGUUCAAUUGUGACACGUCUAUCAGAGUGGACCGCCAACUACAGUCACCAUCAGCCGAUAUUUGUAAAAAUGUCCAUUCCUUAAUGUACCUGUUUGUCCAGUGUAACUGUGUUCUAUUCUUUGGGUGCUGAUAUCCGUAGUUUUUUAUAAAAACGUCAUUCUAUGUGAAACGUGCACUACUACUUCGACACUUUUGGAAAUAUCCAUUCUUUAAUGCUUAUGCUACUGUGUACCUGUGCUCGUCCUGAUUGUCAACUUUGAAUUGUAACAUUGUAUUUCUCUCUGUCUGACAGGUGUCUAGGGAUGACCGCAGUGACGUUGAGAGCAGCUCAGAGGAGGAGGCUGACACCAACGGGACCAACGACAGGGGGGUUAAAAUGGCGUUCUCUCCUAAGGUAGAGAACGGCACCAAUGGCACCAACGGCUACGCCGUCACCACUAUAACCUGGCCACAACAGAUACGCAGCAGCAGCAGCUGGUGAUACAGAAAGAGGAGUCUGCUGUCUGAUUCACAGUAUAGGGCUGACCUGGGUCCAAUAUGUCUGGCCUGGUUACGCUGCGCAUCCACUAGUUGUCGGAACUGAAAGGACAAUGUAAAAAAAAAUAUCAGAGACAGUACUGUUCAGGUCGGCCCUAUAGUAAGAAUCAGGCAUAUCUGUGAGCCCUUUCCACUACUAGUUCAUCCUAUCCUACACUACAUCUUGAAGUGCUUUUCCUGCCUCAUCCAGUUCCCUGGACGUUUUAAGUCCGUUUCUUAAUUCAUCUCUGACUCUUAAUUAUACUGGUUUUUUUUCCAGCACUGUCAACAAUGAUCACAUUACUUUUCAGAAGUGACAAUGAUUGGUGACUAUGACAUCAGACGAUGGAUGAAUAGACAGACCCAUAGAAUCAAAAACGGAUUACAUUUUUAACUGAUAAAAACACUUUUCAUUCCCGUGUGUCCAUAGAAUGGGUGUAACUGUUUUUUCAUUCUUAUUCCACUUUUUAAUGUGAUGCUGAAGUUUGUUGGGGAGGAUGUUCUCUCCCUGUUUUAUGUCAGUUGAACUAAAGUUAUUACUGUAUAUAUUUUUUAACAAAUAAAUGUUUAUUUGUG